UCACUAUUUCACGAAUUAUCAAAAAACAUUGUUUACGGAUAGUUUAUAUUUGUUAAUGUCAGUUUACCGGCUUUAGAAUGGGAAGAAGAAAAUCAAAAAGAAAACCUCCUCCGAAAAGAAAAAACAUCGAGCCUUUGGAUCAACAAUUCAACUGUCCUUUCUGUAAUCAUGAAAAGUCGUGUGAAGUAAAAAUGGAUAAAGGACGAAACACAGCUAAAAUAACAUGUCGCGUUUGUCUGGAAGAUUUCCAAACUGGAAUUAACUUUUUAUCAGAACCUAUAGACGUAUAUAAUGAUUGGGUGGAUGCGUGUGAAACGGCGAACUAAAUUUUUUUUUUUUAUUUAAACGACACAUUUUCAGCAUAUGAA